AUGGAGGAGUUGCUUCAUUUACAUUGCUCUGCGUUCCAGGCUCUAGUGGAAGAGAAUGUCAAGGCAAACGUGAAGAGGAUCAGUGAUUCAGCGUUGAUUCGACAUCACUACGCCCAUGAUCAAGGCGCAGUGUACAUCCAUGGCUGGGUUUACGACGUGGAGAGCGGAGAGGUGUCUAAUUUGGGCGUCUCCGCUGGUCCGCCUGGGAAGGAGGUUCCGCCCACGCCGUUUCCUUUGGUUGUUUCAUCGGCCUUUGGUAAAUAG